UUCACUGUGAUCUGACUGAGAGGCAGACGGAGCUCUAGCGGUCAAACUCGCCACCAACUCUGCAUCAUCCGUAGGCUACUCAAAGUAAAACACUGGGGCAGUUGCUGCUCCUGCUUCGCUUUUUUCUGCUGUGUGUUUUUCGCAGCGUGUGUGUUGUAGUUGUGAGCAUGCAAAGCAACGGCCAUCACCGAAACAAGGAAUCAAGGAAAACAUGGACAAAUCGGCAACUUACAUUUUACAAAUGCACUUUAUAUUUAUUCAUCUUUAGUCUGGAACUGAAGAGGAGCGUUACGGCGCCGCUGGACUCUGACGAGUUUGCUUUCUUCCAUGAGGGCGCCCAGGGGUGCCUGGGGGUGCGGGAUCACUCCCUCGUCUUGUCAACCUCCUGUGAGGAAGACAACCAGCGCUGGAAGUGGGUGACCCGGGGUCGCCUGUUCAACCUGGGCUCGUCGCUGUGCCUGGGCGUAACCACUGGUAACGUCACCUCUAGACGGGACGGGUCUCCUCUGGGUGUGUACACCUGUGACCGCGAGCCACCCAGAAUACGCUGGACCUGGAACUGUGGCCAGGUGUUGGACAACCUCAACAACUACCUUCCCUCACCCUCGUUUUGGAACUCCUCCUCAACCUCCCCUCCUUCAAAGCUCAAAUGGACACUGCAUGGUGGUGUGCAGGACCUGUGCUCUAAAACGUAUCGUGAGAUCUACACAAUCCAGGGGAACUCUCAUGGCCGCCCCUGCUAUCUGCCCUUCCAGUAUGACAACCAGUGGUUCCACAACUGCACCAGUAUCGGGCGUGAGGACGGUCACCUCUGGUGUGCCACCACCUUUGACUACGGCAAAGACGAACGUUGGGGCUUCUGUCCUGUAAAGACCAGUGGCUGUGAAACAUUCUGGGAUACUGACCCGCUGACAGAGAGCUGUUACCAGUUUAACUUCCAGGCUACGCUGUCAUGGAGCGAGGCUCGGAUCAGUUGCCAGCAGCAGGGAGCAGAUUUGCUAAGCAUCACCAAGCUACAUGAACAGACAUACAUCAAUGGUUUACUGACAGGCUACAGUGCUGCUCUGUGGAUUGGCCUCAAUGACCUGGACAUUAAUGGAGGCUGGCAAUGGGCCGACUCGUCACCGCUCAAAUAUCUCAACUGGGAGUCAGAGCAGCCAAACCAUGCUGAGGAGGAGAACUGCGCUGUGAUCAGAACAUCGGGUCGUUGGGAAAACCGAGAUUGUUCUGUUGCUCUGCCGUAUGUCUGUAAGAAGAGGCCCAAUGCCACCCUGGACCCCUUCACUACUGACUCGUGGGCAGAUGAUGAGAAAUAUGAGUGUGAUGUGGGCUGGCAGGCCUUCCAGGCUGGCUGCUACAAGCUAACUUCAGAUAAGAUUGACUGGGAUACAGCUCAGAAAACCUGUCAGAGGAUGGAGGCCAACCUGGUCAGCAUCCACACCCUACCUGAGCUCGAGUUCAUCAUACGCAACCUGAAGAAAGAGAUUGACCAGCUAUGGAUCGGGCUCCAUGACACUGAUAUGCAAAUGGACUUCCAAUGGACUGACCACACACCCGUCAUCUUCACUUACUGGCACCCCUUUGAACCCAACAACUUCCGCAACACCCAAGAAGAUUGCGUCUCCAUUUGGGGAGCUGAGGGCCGCUGGGAUGACAGCCCUUGUAAUCUGACUCUGACCUCCAUCUGUAAGAAACCGGGAACAAAGAGUGAUGGGAAGCCACAGCACCAAGACUGCAAACAAGGCUGGAAGUGGCACAGUCCAGCUUGUUACUGGGUGGGAGAAGAUCUGUUUACCUUUGAUGAGGCCAGGAAGUCCUGCGAGGACAAUGGAGCCGCCCUUGUUACCAUUACCAAUAGGUUCGAGCAGGCCUUCGCCAACAGCCUGGUGUUUGGUCGCUCUGGUGAUUCCUUCUGGAUCGGCCUCCAUGACCAGGCCAGCCCCGGCUCUUUCCACUGGCUCAGCAAGGAUGAAGUGUCCUACACCAACUGGAAUCGCGACCAGCCGGUGAAAGUCCAGGGCGGCUGCGUUUCCAUGGCGACGGGCUUCGCAACAGGUCUGUGGGAGGUGAGGGAGUGUGCGUCAUCGAAGGCUAAAUUCAUCUGCCGUCAGAACCAGGACACGUCUCUGAGCCCCGAGCCCCCUGUCCCCCAGCCCACCCCGAGCCUCAGCGGCUCCUGUCCCAGCGGCUGGAAGAGCAACAACAACCUGCGCUACUGUUACAAGGUGUUCCAUUCCUCCCAGCUGGAGAAGAAGCUGAGCUGGCUGCAGGCUCACCUGUCCUGCCGGAGACACGGAGCCAACCUGCUGAGUAUCAGCAGCCCUGAGGAGGAGCAAUUUGUUCUGCAGGUCCUCCAUGAGGCCUUUGGGGAGUCAGAGGACCAUGAACAGCACUGGUUUUGGAUCGGACUGAACCGCAGAAACCCAAUGGACAAUGGCAGCUGGAAGUGGAGUGAUGGACUGGCUUUCACAUACCAGAACUUUGGCCGCUACUACUACAACGUCCGGCAAUGUGCUGCAGCAGACUUGGGCACUAUGACCUGGCUGGCCAUGCACUGUGACUCUGAGUUAGACUGGAUCUGCAAGAUCCCCAGAGGUAGUGUUGAGAAGGAACCAGAUGUCUCUGAAGGCACAACUUCACCGGAGUGGAUUGGCUUCCAGGAAGCUGAGUAUAAAUUUUUUGACCACCGCACCACUUGGGACCAGGCCCAGAGGAUUUGCUCCUGGUUUGAUUCCUCGCUGGCCUCGGUCCACUCAGCUGAGGAGGAAGCUUUCCUGGCCAACACUUUACGCAAGAUGGUGAAGGUGGAGGGUGACAACUGGUGGCUGGGGCUUCACACCUACGAAAACGAUGGCCGUUUCCGCUGGUCUGACCACUCUGUGCUCAAUUAUGUGUCCUGGGCCCUUGGGAGGCCGCAUCCAGUCAGCCGUGAUCGCAAAUGUGUCCACAUGUCCGCCAGCACAGCGGACUGGGCUGAUCAGAAGUGCCAGUCUGACCUGCCCUACAUCUGUAAGAGAGUGAAUGUCACAGGCACCAUUCCUCCAACUCCGUCAUCACCCCACCUACCUUCAGGCUGUCCUGAUGGAUGGUCUUCCUAUCAACAUAAGUGUUUCAGAGUAUUUGAUCAGUCAUACCGAGUGACAUGGUCUGCAGCCAAGUUGAAAUGUGAAACGCAGGGAGGUGUACUGGCAGUGGUGUCCAAUCAUCUGGAGCAAGCCUUUGUCACUACCCUGCUUCAAAAUGCCAGUGUUGACCUUUGGGUGGGUCUGACCGCAGACUCUAAAGGUCAUUUCCACUGGGCCAAGGCUGGCCUGCUCAGCUACACCAACUGGGCUGCUGGAGAGCCACUCGACAACAGCGGGCCACACCACAACAAGACCCCGGGAAACUGUGUGGUGAUGAUUCACGGGAACCCACAGAAGAACACUGGCAUGUGGGCCUCACGAGCCUGUGAGAUGGAAAGUAAUGGCUUCAUCUGUCAAAGGCAACAAGACUCAGGUCUUUCUCCGGCCCCGGCACUUAUCCCUGCCUCCCUGUCAAAGCCUGUGGAGCUGGGUGGAGUGACAUACCGGGUUGUGGAAAAGCGUCUGGAUUGGACUGGCGCCCUGCACCUCUGUGAAUCUCUGAAUGGGACCCUGGCCACUGUGAAGAAUCCCUACCAGCAAGCUUACCUCACACUGCUGAUCAACAGCUUGCGUCAGCCUGCCUGGAUCGGUCUCUACAAUUAUGGAGGACGAAGCUUCACCUGGCUGGGUGAAGAAGAAGUUUGGUAUUCAAACUGGAGAGAUGGGGAGCCCCAUCAGACAGCUGGAUGCGGACGCAUGACCACUACUGGCCAGUGGACUAUGACUCCCUGUGAUGCUAAAUUGGAGGCUGCUAUCUGUCAGAUUAGUGAUGAGCCUGUGCUUCACGAGUGGAUCUACCCUGGCCAGUGCCCCCACUCUGUGGGGGAGUGGCCGUGGGUGCCUUUCAGAAACUACUGUUACGCCUUUAACCUGCAAACUGUUAGACUGCAGCAGGAUGCACGUACAUACUGUAAACAAGUGGGAGCUGAACUUCUCUCUAUCUUGGAUGAGACAGAGAAUGGAUUUGUAUGGGAACACAUCCAGAGUUAUGCAGCACAGGCGCAUGGAGCUUGGCUGGGCAUCAGCGUGAAAGGUAGAAGCCUAGUAUGGAGCGAGGACACAGAGAUGUCGUACACCAACUGGGAGGCGCAUGAUGUCGCCUUCUCUGUUCUGUCUCCAAACUCCUGCUUCUGGAUCCAGAGCAACAGUGGCCUGUGGAAGCCGGGCUCAUGCAGAAAUCGCACACAUGGAGUCAUCUGCAAACGGCCUCGCACUGCUGAAACCUCAGCUGUAAAAUUGGAUAGCGACCACCUGCCCACUCUGAUUGUUGUCAUGGUGACGGGCCUGGUGCUGGUGGUGCUGAUUGUUGGCGUGAUCUACUUGUACCGUCGGCGAACUGUUGGGUCACAGGGGUCCUAUGAAGGGGCCCGCUACAGCCGCACCAACGCGAGCCUCGCAGAGCAGUUGGAGAAGAACAUCCUGGUGUCUGACAUGGAGCUGAACGAGCAGGCAGAGUAGCGGAGCCGCCCCGGACCAAACGACCAACCCAGGACUGGACCCUACCUGACACAGAAAAGGCUGAUUUUUAACGUGCUGACUCAGAUACACAUUGUGGCAUUUAUGCUUGUGUUGUCUCUUUUGACACCAAAAAAAAAAAAAUAUUUUGAAGGGCUGUGUAGAGCGCAGCAGAUGUAAAGUUUAAAUUGAAUCCCUGCCUUCUCAACCCUCUUCUGCCAAGACUUAACAGUUCAGGCAAGUUCUCUCCAGACAAAUCAGAUCCUUCCAUAUGUAGCCUACAGCUUAUCCCCAAAAGCGUUCAUGAAGGCCAUGAGUGGAUCUACUGGGAGUUUAGUUUUAUUGCAGCUGGAAAAGUUCAACAUAAAUCGGUUUACUGAAAUGACUCCUCGCUGUCUUCCCUGGUGCCAAUGUAAAUUUUUGCUCGGUGUAUAUUUCCUUUGUUGUUCCCAUUUUGAUUGAAAGAUUUAUAAAAAAAAAAAAGUCCUAGAUCCACAGAUCGACUCUUAACUAAAACUAUUUGUCUCUGUCCUCUAAAUACACAAUCACAGUCUUCUUCAGGACCAAAUUCACCUUUUCUAAAUUUUCUUUUUUUUCUGUUUUGCCAUUUACAUGAACUUGAGGUGUGUUUUUGUUGUUUUAUUGCAUUCAUGUCAUUCCCAUUGAUUUGUCAUUAUCUGUACAGCUGUAGAGAGCUGUUACUGAUGAUGCAUGUGUGUUUUUUGUGAGUCUGCCUCUCCUCCUUUCUGAUCUGACACGUCAGCACCAGCUGUCAGGCAAACAGAGGAGGAAGUCCAAAUGUGAAUGUGUGGAGGGUGACAGGGACCAUUAUUAGUGGUGACCGUCUGAGGGCAGUACACUAGAAUUGUGCACAUUACUAAUACUAAGUUCUGUACUUAGUAUUGAAAGCUGGUCUGUAAGUAGACUGCAUGAUCAGUCUUUCAGCUUCCAGCUCCUUGUACAUUUUGGCACUUUCUGCUAUUUUCUUGAGCUAAUUCAAUCAUCCACUUGCCUUUAGUCAUUUUCCUUGAGACACUGUUGUUGUCCUGUGAUUCUUAACUUUAGUUUGCUUUGGCUCUCCAUGCCACCAUCUGUUGCUGUUUCAGCAAUUUUUAAGAGCAGUAAUUCUCUUUGUAUGCAUCAUGAAAAAGGGUUUGCAAUUUGAUAUUUGUCUGAUUCAUCUUUUUAUGGACCGCAUUUCACUUCUCUGUAUGUUUUAUCUCUUGGAUAUUUUUGUCUUUUUAAUGAUGCAGGUUUUAUUAUGUGCUUUGACUUAAAAAUUACUGGUAAAGACAUUUGAAAACUCCUACUUUUAUGGGAUACUCGUCAACACUUCCUCUCAUUGCCCCACAAAAGAAAACAUCCCUCAAGUGAAUGACACUAUUGUAUAUACAGUAUGAGAGCCAAGGAAUGUUUUAAAGUGAAAAUUUUGUACAAGAAAACCUCUUUUUCCACGUCAUUUUAAGAUUUCACAUUUGCACAGCGUAAUAACUACAUUUACCAGAGCUCAUUUGCCUCCUCGAACAUUUUUCCUUUUCCCUCAGCUCUUGCCUCUGAGUGCAUUUGUGUCUUUCUGCUUGCAGGAAUGCUUUGGAGCCGUUUCAGUCUGAGGCUUUUGGUGUCUCACAGAGCUGCUGUGAAAAAAAAAACACAGCUUUUUUUGCUCCAUGAGUUGGACUAAGACAGAGGGGGAAGGGAGGAGGACGGAGUAAGAAGUGUGUGUGUGUGUGUGUGUGUGGGUGAGAGAGAGCGUGUGCAGUCUCCAGCUGUGGAAUGUUGAGUCGGCAAGAAGAGCUCAGUGGCACGUCUGGAACCAAUCAGAGAAGGAGGGCUCAGGGACAUGAAGGGUCAGGAAGAAGAAGAAGAUUGGAAAAAGGAAAGCUAGAUGAAGGAGAAAAGGGGGGAAAGGAGGAGUGUGAGGAGGAGUCAGGGAUGUAGGAAGAGAGGAAGGCAGGAUAGGAGUGUAAAGGGUGCAGUGGUUUGUCCCGGCUUACCAUGGCCUCUGCUGGUAGUUUUGCUGUACAGGUUUGUCUUUAUAUACAGUAAAAUAUGAACAGAUUGAGGUGAAGGUGUGACGGCCCUCUGUGUGUUCCCCAAUGAGAUCAUGUCUGUGAGGCAGGCCGGCUCUUGUCCCUGUGAAGAUUAGCUGAAGCACCUGUUCAACUUUUUUUUGAAAGUUUUUGUGUCUUUUUUUUAUAUGAAAUGAAUAAAGUCUAUGUUCUCAAA